CAAAAACCAGUUGAUUCAAUUUGUUACUUUUGUUUAACCAAUGGCUUCACAACAAGCAAGAAGAGAGAACAUAACUGAUGAACAACCUAACAUUCACUUGGAGAAAACCAUAGACCCCAAAAGGGGUGCUGUGAAAGUGCAAGUUGGAACUGAUUUUCAUCUUGCAGGUGGUGGCAUUAUUCAUGUCACAAAUGCUGAACACAAAGGCCAAGUCCAAAGAGAGAAGCAUUCUUUUGGUAAUCAACAGAGGCAACAACAUGGAUUUGAAGAGAGACCAGGAGGUGUCAAGUUUGAAGUAAAUAGCCAGAAACAGAAGGGUUCUCUAGAUUCAAAGCACAAAAGCCAAAUGGAGAACUCUUCAGAAGGCUUAAAGGUUGCUGAAGAGCGCUAUGACAAGGCAAAGGAGUUGGGCGGAUCGGCAUUGCAUAAUGUCAAAGAAUCGGCAAGUUAUGGACUUGGUUCCCCAGGUGCUUAUGCAACACCAAAAGGUGCACAAGGCAAAGACAAUGUUACACAUGGAGUUCAAAGUGGAUAUCAAUAUGUUGCUAAGAAUGCUGGCGCUGCUAAAGACACAGCACUUCAAAAAGGCCAGCAAACUUAUGCUGUAACUAAAGAUAACCUUUCAACUGCAGGACAAAAUGUAGCUCAAUCUACACAACAAGCUAAAGAUUAUACCUUCCAAAAAGCAGGGGAGACUAAAGAUUAUGCUAAGGACACAACACUUGAGAAGGGUCAACAAGCUUAUGAUACCCUUUCAAGCACAGGACAAACUGCAGCUCAAUAUGCACAACAAGCUAAAGACUAUACCUUGCAAAAGGCAGGAGUGGCUAAAGACACAGCUCUUGAGAAGGGUCAACAAGCUUACAAUACAACUAAAGAUACCCUUUCAAGCGCAGGACAAAAUGCAGUUCAAUCAGCACAGCAGGCAAAAGAUUAUACACUGCAAAAGGCAGGGGAGACUAAAGAUACAGUCCGCGACAAGGGUCAGCAAGCUUACUCUACAACUAGAGACACCCUUUCAAGCGCAGGAACAAAUGCAGCUCAAUCAGCACAACAAGCAAAAGAUUAUACACUACAAAAUGCUGGAGAGGCUAAAGAUUAUGCUAAAGACAGGGUCCUUGACAAAGGUCGGAAAGCUUACUCCACAACUAGAGACACCCUUUCGAGUGCUGGACAAAAUGCUCAAUCAGCACAGCAGUCUACAGAUUACACCCAAAAAAACGCAGAGGAGGCCAGGGACAAUGCAGCAGGACUGAGCAAGAACGCAGCAAGCUAUAUUGGGAAGAAAGCUACAGAAGCAAAAGAUGUCACCUUAGAAACAGGCAAAGGAGCAGUAGGAUAUGCAGGGCAAGCAGCAAGUUAUGUUGGACAGAAAGCAGUUGAUACAAAAGAUGUCACGGUAGAAACAGGCAGAGGAGCAGUAGGAUAUGCAGGGCAAGCAGCAAGCUAUGUUGGACAGAAAGCUGUUGAUGCUAAAGAUGUUACCUUAGAAACAGGGAAAGGAGAAGUAGGAUAUGCAGGGGAAGUAGCUGAAACUGUGAAGGAAAAAGCUGUAGUGGCUGGUUGGGGAGCUGCACAUUAUACUGCUGAGAAAGCAGCAGAGGCAACUAAAGCUGUGGUUGGUGUUGCUUCUAAUGUUGCAGGGUAUACUGGAGAGAAGGCGGUCGCCGCAAAGGAUGUAGUUGCUGGCACUGGAAUGAGUGCUGUGGAGUAUGUCGAGAACAAGCUGGCUAAUGCAAAGGAUUAUGUUGUUUUAACUGAAGAAAGUGCAGCAGAGUAUGCAGUUAGGAGGAAAGCUGAAGCUGAAAAGGAAUUGGAAGCUAAGAGAUCAUAUGAUUACAAGAGAGAAAGUGGAGGUGGACUUAUUAGUGAGGAAAAUCAAGAAACAAAAUGGGAGGAAUUAGGAGGAGAGGAAAGCAAGCAGCAGAAGCAGAAAGGAGGGUUAUUACAAGCCAUUGGGGAAACUAUAGUGGAGAUAGGGAAGACAGCAACAGAUCUUAUAGCUGGACGUGGCCAAUCUCAAAGUGAUAGCAAGGGAGAUGAAAGUCACUCUUCACAUAGAAACAGCUGAUUUUUGGCAUUUUGAGCGCAGAAUUUCAACUGUUUUUUUUUUUGUUGUUGCUGUUUUUCAAGCGUCAGUAUAUGGGGUUUUAUAUUAUUAUUAGGAUUGUAACGAUUAGGCUCCUUUAUCUUUGAUAGUUAAGGUACCUAAAACUUGGAAU